AUGGCUUUUCAUGGUCAUGUAAUAUUAAUAUUGGAUGAUAGUUUUACGGAGGGAAUUUAUUCAAGCUGGAUGACUUGUUUUAAUUCAAUGAAAAUUCAACAUGCUAUUAAAUCCUUUCAAACAAUAGCCUUGUUUGAUUCGGAAGUUAUAAAAGAUGAUCAAAAUGUUGUUAAUCUUCUUCCUCAACAAGGAAUUGCAACUUGUGUGAAACCCUAUUAUAAUUGUUUGAUAUUUGAAAAUCAUAUUAAGCCAAUAAUUGAAAAAGUGGUGGAUGGUUAUGAUGGAUGCUUGGCUAUUUUAUGUAAAGGCGAUAGGAAACAUAGGUUCUUAGGAGAAAAUGACUUGGUAUUUAAAAGUUUUGACUCUUUAAUUGAAAUCUUGAAAAAGAGAAAAAAAGAUUUUACACUAGGAAUGGAAUUGUAUGCUAUUUAUGGAGAUGAAUUAUAUGAUUCUUCUAAAAAAUGGAAUAGUUCUGAUAGAUUGAUUAAAAUAAGGGAAUUUAGAGAAAAUCCUGGCCACUUGAAUUUAUUGAAUUGUGAUAGAAAAUCUGUAAACAAUAUUGAGGAAAUUUGUAAGGAAUUAGAGAAUGCCUGUUUAAAUAAUCUAGCCUAUAUAACAGCAUGUUCACUGACUAGCAGACGUUUAAUAUACGGAUGUAGACUUUUUGUGGAACAGAUAGAAGACAAUUCUGUGAAAAAGAGCAUGUUUGAAAUAUUUGAUAUACCAAUUAGUGAUCAUCAAGAGGAUAGACAUUACAUUAAAUUACAAAGGUAUCAAAAAUGUCUCUGGGUUAUUGCUCACACCAUCGGGCGCAGGGAAAAAGAGAAUAUAUCUUAUAUACCAUACCGAGACUCAAAGCUUACCAGACUCAUGACGAACUACCUUGGUGGAAAUUCAUAUUCAGCAAUGAUAUUCGAUAAUUUUGAGGAUAUUAGGAUUCUAAAGAUAAUUGUCUCAAAAGGAAUAUUAACUUGUCCUAGGAUGUUUUUGAAGAUCAAUAAAAGAAAGAGGAAGAACAAGAUUGAGGAUGAUCAGGAAGUUGAUCAAGAGGAUGAAGGUCAAGAUGAGAAGAUGAGUGAAGAGAACCAACAGCAGCAAUACGAGGGGAAUCCUAAAAGAGGAACAAUCCCGCAACUAUGGAAACACGUUUAA